AUGCGUUUCUUGAUCGUAGUUGCUCUUUUGGCCUUCGUGGCUGUUGGGCUUGCAAAUGCCCGUCCUACUGAGAAUGAACAGGAGUCCUCCAUUCAGGAAAACUCUGGUGAGGAUUCUUCCAACAACAGUAGUGAAAAAAGCACAAAUGCUUCUGGAGAAGGAUCUGCAAAUCAAAAAAGACAGGACUGUGGAAAUUCUGGUAAUGGACAAGGUCAGGAUUCUGAAAAUGAGAAAAACCAGUCUGCUGAAUCUGAUGAACAAAGUCAGGAUUCUGAAAAUGAGGAAAACCAGGCUGGUAAAUCUGAUGGACAGAGUCAGGAUUCUGAAAAUGAGGUAAACAAGGCUGGUGAAUCUGAUGGACAGAGUGGAGAUUCUGACAAUCAGAAAAACCAGGCUGGUGAAUCUAAUGGACAGAGUCAGGACUCUGAAAAUAAGGAAAACCAGUCUAGUGAAUCUGGUGGACAGAGUCAGAAUUCUGAAAAUAAGGAAAACCAGGCUGGUGAGUCUGAUGGACAGAGUCAGGAUUCCAAAAAUGAGGUAAAUCAGGCUGGUGAAUCUGAUGGACAGAGUGAAGAUUCUGACAAUCAGAAAAACCAGGCUGGUAAAUCUGAUGAACAGAGUCAGGAUUCUGAAAAUAAGGGAAACCAGGCUGGUGAAUCGGAAGGGCAGAGUCAGGACUCUGACAAUGGAGAAGUAACCAAUAAUGAUGACAAUAAGGAAAGCAGUGGAGAUGAGGCCAAUUCCGAAUCGAGCGGAGAUAAUAACAACGAGUCUGGAAACAACAACGAGUCUGGAGACAACAACGAGUCUGCAGACAACAACGAGUCUGGAAACAACAACGAGUCUGGAGACAACAACGAGUCUGGAGACAACAGCGAGUCUGGAGUAAAUCACGAGUCGGGAGACAACAACGAGUCUGGAGUUAACAACGAGUCUGGAGACAAUAAGUCUGGAGACAACAACGAGUCUGGAGACAACAACGAGUCUGGAGACAACAGCGAGUCUGGAGGCAACAACGAGUCCGGAGUUAACAACGAGUCUGGAGACAACAACGAGUCUGGAGACAAUAAGUCUGGAGACAACAACGAGUCUGGAGACAAUAACAAGUCUGGAAACAACAGCGAGUCUGGAGUUAACAACGAGUCUGGAGACAACAACGAGUCCGGAGUUAACAACGAGUCUGGAGACAGCAACGAGUCUGGAGACAAUAAGUCUGGAGACAACAACGAGUCUGGAGACAACAACGAGUCUGGAGACAACAGCGAGUCUGGAGUGAACAACGAGUCUGGAGACAACAACGAGUCUGGAGUUAACAACGAGUCUGGAGACAACAACGAGUCUGGAGACAACAACGAGUCUGGAGACAAUAAGUCUGGAGACAACAACGAGUCUGGAGAUAACACCGAGUCUGGAGACAACAACGAGUCUGGAAACAACAACGAGUCUGGAGACCACAGCGAGUCUGGCGAUAAAACCGAUUCGGAGGAUAACAACGAAGGCAGUCAGGAGGAGAAUGCCCCAUCUAAGAAACCGAAUCCAUUUUGGUCCAGGUUCGGUAGCCAUAGUCCACUUAUAAUCUUCGCCAGGCCCCUUUUCCUUAACCAAGCUUUAGCUAAUUUGUUAUGA